AUGAACCCAUUUCAGAUAAUAUGGUAUUUAUUACCGUUUAUACUGUUCUCUACAACUGAAGCAAAGAGAAAUUUAAAAGCUACAUCUUUAGUUACGUGUAUGAAGGGAUCUCAGGUGUCUUCUAAUAGUUUUGAUGUUGUAUUUGAACCUGAUGACAGAUCUUUACAUUAUACAUUAGAUUUACAAACAGAAAUUGAUUCUUAUAUUUUGGCUUACAUUGAUGUUUAUGCUUAUGGAUUUAAAAUUAUUACUAAAAACUUUGACGUUUGUUCUGAAAAUUGGAAACAAUUUUGUCCAGUCCAUCCAGGUAAUAUUGAAAUCGAUUCUAUAGAAUAUAUUUCUGAAGAUUAUGUUAAUGAAAUUCCAAAUAUUGCAUAUUCUGUACCUGAUAUUGAUGCGUACGUUAGAGUUAAUGUCUAUGAUAGAAAUUUAACCUCUCACUUAGCAUGUAUUGAAAUUUUCUUCUCAAAUGGUAAAACUGUAUCUCAAACGGGUGUUAAAUGGGCUAGUGCAGUAAUUGCUGGUAUCGGUUUAUUGUUAUCUGCUGUUUUAUCCGCUUUUGGUAAUUCUACUGCAGCAUCGCAUAUUUCUGCUAAUACAAUGUCAUUAUUUUUAUAUUUUCAAUCUGUCGCAGUUAUUGGUAUGCAGCAUGUUCAUAGUGUUCCUCCUAUUGCAGCUGCUUGGUGUGAAAAUAUGGCAUGGUCUAUGGGACUUAUUUAUAUUCAUUUCAUGCAAAAAAUCUUCCGUUGGUAUGUCGAAGCUACAGGUGGUACACCCGCUUUAUAUUUAACUUCUACAUCUCAAUCUGUUUUAACUCAAAGAAGUUGGGAUUAUUUGAAAAAUAUUCAAUUAUUUAAACGUGCAGAAAAUGUUUUAUAUGGUAAUGUUAACACUUUAAUCUUUAGAGGUAUUAAAAGACUUGGUUAUAGCAUGGGUAUUGAAAACACAUCUAUUGUCUGUACAGGUUUCACAUUUUUCGUCUUAUGUGGUUAUGUCUUAGCUGGUUUCAUUAUGGUUUGUAAAUAUAGUAUUUAUUUGGCUCAAAGAGCUGGAUGGGUUAAACCACAAAAAUUUAGAGAAUUCAACCAAAAUUGGAGAGUUAUUUUAAAGGGUUCUUUAUUAAGAUAUAUCUAUAUUGGUUUUACUCAAUUAACUAUUCUAGGGUUUUGGGAAUUUACUGAAAGAGAUUCUGCUGCAGUUAUUGUCAUUUCAUGUUUAUUCAUUGUUUUAUCUGUUGGUCUUAUGGUAUGGGCUGGUUACAGGACUUGUUACUUUGGGAAAAAAUCUAUUGAAACUUAUAAUAAUCCUGCUGCACUUCUAUAUGGUGAUGAACGUGUCCUUAAUAAAUAUGGGUUCUUUUACACCAUGUUCAAUGCCACUCAUUAUUGGUGGAAUGUCGUCCUAGUCAGUUAUAUUUUUAUUAAGUCUCUAUUUAUUGGGUUUGCACAGGCAUCUGGUAAGACACAAGCUUUAGCUAUCUUUAUCUUAGAUUUAGCAUAUUUCAUUGCUGUUAUUCGUUAUAAACCAUAUUUGGAUCGUUUAACCAACUUUUUAAAUAUUUUUAUCUGCACAAUAACAGUUGUAAAUUCUUUCUUAUUCAUGUUUUUCUCUGAUUUAUUUGGCCAACCAUACGCUGUAUCUGCUAUCAUGGGUUGGGUAUUUUUCAUUAUGAAUGCUGCUUUCUCCUUUAUCUUAUUAAUGUUAAUCUUAGUAUACACUGGUAUGAUUUUGUUUUCAAAGAAUCCAGAUAUUAGAUUUAAACCAGCUCGUGAUGAUAGAACUUCUUUCCAAAGACAUGACAUCAAAGGUGAUGAUGUUAAAGUAUCUAUAAAUGAUGAUUUAAUGGCUUUAGGUAAUAUCGCUAAGGACCAUGCAGAAAACUGGGAAUAUGAUAUGCAACAUAAUCCAAAUGAAAAUAUUUUCUUAGGUUCUGAUGAAGAAAAUGAAUAUUCUACAAGUUCUGAUUUAAAUAGAAAUAUUGGAAGAAAACCAACUUUAACUCAAAAAAUAUUUGGUAAAUUUGGUAGAAAACAAAGAAACGAUAUGGAUGAAAAAGAUGGAGUAAAUAACUCUUACUUAAAGGAAGAUGGUGAUAAUGGUACUUAUGAUUACACAACUUCUUCAACAUCUAAAUCUACUUCUCCAACAAAGAAAUAUCCUGGAUUAGAACAUCAAAGAGAAAAUUCAGAGACAGGAAAUGGUUUAAUAGGCUCUUACGAAUCUGAAGCUCUUAACUUCAAUAAACCAAGUACAGUAGAUUUACAAUCGACAAGUGGUGGUAUUUCAUCAACUGGAUUCUCCGAGCGUGAUUUUAGUAUGAACAGUCUUCAACAAGAGCAACGUAAGACAGAUGUCUUACAUGAUGAUUUCUUAUGA